AAGAUGUCUGCCUUCUGAGACAUUGAUUGUGUCAUUACUGCGGUUCUUACAUUUAACCUAUGUGUCUGUGAAUGCACGUCAUUAUGAAAAAUGAACGUUAAAAAGAAAAUACGACACCAUGGGAUCUCAAACUCUUGAAAUUCUGCGCCAAGGAGUUUGGGCAUCGUUAACAGGAGGCUGGUUUUACGAUCCUCAUCAAGAUAUAUUCUGCAACACAUUUCACUUAUACGUGUGGCUUUUCCUACUAUGUUUACCUUUCACAAUAUAUCUGGUAAGUGAUUCUCGAAUGUGUUUCUGGUGUUGUGCUAAGCAAGUUGCCGCUGAUUAUCUGACGAAUCUUCAGUUUUGUGGUGUGAAAUUGAGAAUAGUGAAGGAGGUCAAAGUCCUUGUUUCUAGGCUAGUUUAUUGUUCUCGAGUAUUAUAAACUGUCACGGGGUCGUUGGUCAAACAUUCCUGCAUUAGGAAAUGUCGUGAAUCAUCAAAGAGAAAAUUCUAGGGCGUCAGCGAAAGAAGAUCACAUAACAAAUAGGGGAAAUGCAAUGAUAGUGCUAUCCUAACCUAUGAUAUGGAACUCUGCCAACAUCGUGGCUGUAACCCAAUCCCGAGAUGCUAGCGUCGCUAGAAUAUUUGCGUCUCUCAGAAAUUAGAUGCCUCUUUACAAUUCACAAAAAUUAUUCAUUCUAAUUAUGAUACUUACUUCAAAAUAUGAAAUAUUUAAAUUUGUGUACUGUAGACAUUUGCUGUCAUUUGUAGUAAAGUGUGAUUGACAGCUGUAAUGCACACAUGUUGAAGAUUUUGUUAUUUAGCCUGUAAUGACAUUUUUUUAAAUAUUAGUUUUUUAUUUAUUUGAUAUAGUCGUAAUCGAAGAGUAACCAUUAAUUGACAGUCCAUAUUUAAUUAGCAGUUUUAAUGUUUCGAUUGUAAAUUACUCAAUAAUUGUGUGAGAGGGUGUAGAGAUUAAUGGGAAUUGAUAUAAAGGAUGACCUAUGCAGUACAAAUUGGCAAACAAGAAACUUUGAAGUCAUGCCAUGCAUAGUUUGCAUUUCUUUUCAAUCCAAUGGAGAUUAACGACUCUAAAAUGUCUGUUUAUAUAAAUCUCCUGAGUAUUUUCAAGAGCAUUGUGUAUGAAUCAGUGACUUUGAAGUACUUCCCUCCAACUGCGUAUGCAUGGGGGGCCUAUUGUGCUACAGUGGCAGCCCUGUUUGCCACCCUGAAAUUAACCAACCUGGGCCUGCACCGGAUGUUCGACACAUCAGAGAGGAUUCAGGAACCGGGACCUCCUGUCAGCGAUGACCCUCUUGCUGGGCGACGAUUAGUUCCCAUCCAUCCAAACAAACGGCGGCGGGAAGAAGAAAAUGGAAUUGAGUUACAAGUUCUGGGAGGUGCACGACUUCCAUCUACAGGUGAUUCUCCUCCAGCUGGCCGCUCAUCCUCACGUAAUUCAUCAUGUGGUAGCCCUGGUUUGCCUCGUGCAUCUUCCACCAGAGGGACGGCUGCUGACAGGGAUCGAGAUAGCUUGGUUUCAGCUGAUUUCACAUCACCUGCUGUGGGAGACCUUCGUGUUGAUGUGCAUCGCAAAAACAGCAGCGAGAGUGGAGAGGAGGCAGUUGGCCUUCGACCUGUGGUGGAGAGGGUGGCUGUACAUCGCGCCGAGCCCUGCACACAGGCUGAUCAUGAGCGCUUCCUGCGAGCUCGUCUUGCGUCCACCGGAUUGGUAUACUGGAAACAACGUCAACAGCAGCAGCAAUCGUCCAGUACAGGCGUUGGAGCUCGCCCCUACCGCUACCUUCGUUCGGGUCGCAUGUUGGGUGGCCAGGGUCUGCCUCCCCUGGACCCUGCUUCUUCUCAUCCGGCCGGUCUGCAGGAUGCAUCAGGAGGUGGUGAUCGCCCUCUAGGCGGAUCUGAGAUCGUGUACCCCAUCGCUGAGCAAGCGUCAGAACCCGGUGCCUUGGCCCUUGCUCUGGCGAUGGCUGGUGCAUCAUGUCGUGCACCAUGUACUCCCUCUGCAGUGGGCGGCGGCGCUGUAGCGAUGAGCGAAUUCUCGCUGCGCGCCAACAGCGACGAGGACGACGCGCGCCAACGGGGGCUCGCGCUCGCCGCUGCUCGUGCGCCCCGACUUCCUGGGCCGGCGGCGGGGGGCGCGCGGUGCGGGCGGCGGCGGGCCUAG